AUGGAGCAACGAUUCGCGGCCAUUCGGGUUGAUGACGGCCAUCAGAAUUCCUACCCGUGCAGCACGUGCUCCAAAAAGCAGAACUUCGACAAGCACGACAUCACGAAGCUGUUCAUCUGCGAGAACCAUUUGCAGGCAAAUCGGGCGGCCGAACAACAAGCCUACUGUGGGAAUUGCGCCUGGCAGAACCACAAGAAAUGCAAGACGAAAUCGGUGACGUUGCAGGCGUAUCGGAUAGGCCAAGUCCAGCGCCCCAUCCUUGCCCGCCACGUGCAAGGACUAGACGAUUUGGCGAACACGGCGCACGAUAUCAUCAAGGAAGCGGCAGCUUUCGAAGAGCAAUGCCGCGGCUACGUCCAGAACAUGAACAGCAACCUGGAAGACAUCGACGAGGUGGAGCGCGAGCUCGUCUUUUUUGAGCAGCAGGGCGCCGAGAGGUUGGAGCAGAUUCUGGAGGAGCUGCGGAAGUGCAAGAAUGACCUCCCAAGUAGCGAUCACAGCGGCUCGAAUGGUGGGGGGAGGAACACGGCAAGAAGCAUCAACCAGUUACGCAAAGGAAAAGACGGAGCUUCCGAGUUCGACGCCCCACAAUUCUACGUCAACGUCGCCAACGGAACCGACUUUUGCGACGAAUGCUCGCCUGGAUCCGACGCUGAAAGUGAUAACGAACAGCCCGGUGAUCCUGAUGAACCCGACUACGGCCAUGUCCAACAUCCACAACGAGUCCAAGAAGUUGCGGCUCGAGCUGCGAGCAGCCUGCUUCUCGUGGAACCGGACACAACCGCGCGCAUCCUGCUGAUGCCGAAAAAUAUGCGCGAACCGGCCACGGUAAUCGUCAACUACCGCAGCUCCGUCGACACCGAGACGGGCAGCUACUCGGCCGGGCAACUCGUUCUACGCUACGAUCCGAUGUUGUACACAUCAAGA